AUUAAAUGUAACUUUUCUUCCUAAGUACAGCCGUGAGAGUGAUAAGACAUAAGGCAUGCGUGCAGGUUGUGUCAUAUGUGGCGAUGUCUUCAUGCCUAACAUUGAAGUGUCGGCCACACCGUGUGGUCACAUCUUUCACACUAUAUGUGUUGCUCAGUGGUUUGAGAGAUCCAAGACUUGUCCACAAUGUCGUUUCUCUGGCAAGAUGAAGCUUCUACGUCUUUAUUUUGAUGAAAGCAAUAAUGAUAAUAAUCAAGUUGAUGCUGAGACUUUGCAAUGUAACCUAGAUAAUGCAAAGUUUCAAGUGAGCUUGAAGGAGCAAGAACUGCGGAACUUGAAAGAAGACUUAGCAAAACAGAAAGAAAUAAGUGAUAAACUGAGGGAGGAGGUGAAGAAGCAGGAGGAGAAGCACGGCCUGCAGGCGACGCAGCUGAGCUCCAUGAAGGCGCAGCUGCGGCUGCUCAGCGACGCGCAGCAGCGCAGCGAGGACCUCAGGCUGGAGCGAGACACCGCCAGGGCCAAGCUCAGCAGCCUGCAGGAACUACAGCUGCUGGUGGAUGGCAUGGAGGGAGAGGUGGCCAUGAUGCUGGAGCGCUACGGAGACUCCAGCAACGCUGCCACCAGGAACCUCGCCACCGUCUGCGUCUAUCUUACCAAGGAGAUGCAGACCCUCAGACAGAAGACCAAGGACCACCAGAACGACCUGAAGGUGCUCAGGAGCGAGCAUAAAGCCGUGCAGCGUCUCCUGCAGCAGGCGCGACGUUGUCAGGAGGAGAAGACGCAGCAGGUGGCGGCCCUGAGGGCGGACGUGUCGCGCCUGGAGGAGGAGAACCUCAGCCUCAGCGCCAAGCUCGCUGCCCUCGAGGCCUCCCUCGCCUCCCCUUCUGGGGACGCGGCUCGAGGCGCCCUCCGUCGGCUGCUGCACGAGAACGUCACGCCCGUGUGCCUCAAGCGGCCUCACCCCUGCGCCACGGAGGACGCAUCUAAGUCAUCGCGCGCUCGCCUCGACUCAAGUGACAGUAACGCAGACUCGCUGGAUCCCUCGCCCGCCUUCAAUGAUUCCAUUGAUCUCUUCGAAGACUCCAUUGACUCUGUAGACCCUCAGACCGAGAGUCGUCUGCCCAGCCAAGACCCAGCCAUCCAGCCCACUGGUGGUCUGUCUACCGAACAGCACGCAAGCGGGCUGUCCAGUACAGACCAGAACCUAGGGUCUGCGAGCAGGUUAUCCAGCACCGACUUGCACCUCCAGCACUACGCCAUGAAUGCGACGGUGGAGGGCGCUGGGUGCUCGCCGUACCUGCAGGUGAAGCGUGGCCCCCUGCAACUACCCCCCCGGCGCCCCGCCCCCCUCAACAAGCCCCCCUCACACACCAUCUUCAACAAGAAGCUCUUCCCUGGCCGCGGAUCGAGCACGACGGGGCGUUCGCUGGAGGGCGGGCGCGCUGACCACGAUGGUCUGGGGGGCCGCCACAAGGAAGAUUAUUUCCCGCAGCCUGCGUGCGUGCGGCUCAAGAAGCGCCCCACCACCACCACCAAGCUGCGCACCGCCGCCUCCCCUACCGUCAAGACCAUCACCAACUUCUUCAGCAACACCUUCGGGGACACCUGACCAUCACCAGCACCUUCUGGGACGCCUUACCAUCCUGGCCAUCACCAACACCUUCGGAGACACCUGACCAUCACUAACUUCUUCACCAACACCUUCAGGGACACCUGACCAUCACCAACACCUUCAGAGACACCUGACCAUCACCAACAGUCCUCGGUUAUGGCCCCUUUUUGAGCGCAACGUCUGACCAUCACCAACAGUCCUUGGUUAUGGCCCCCUGUAUGAGCGCAACGUCUGACCAUCACCAACAGUCCUCGGUUAUGGCCCCCUGUAUGAGCGCAACGUCUGACCAUCACCAACAGUCCUCGGUUAUUGCCCCCUGUAUGAGCGCUGUGUAACACUUCAUAUGAUGCGCCUGAAGCAGUUGGCCGCGUAUGCCGGACGCUUCAUCCAAGUGUCUCAGGAGAGUCGUCUGAACUUUGCUUCUAAUUGCCCUAAAAGUUGCAGAUUUAAUCUUGUUUGAUUUAUUAUGGAGUACUUGACGGCCGUAGUUAAUGAUUUGUACGGUACAAUCAUCUCCCCAUUUACCUUCAUAUCUCACCAGUUACCCGCAUAUCUCACCAGUUACCUUCAUCUCCCCAGUUACCCUCAUCUCCCAGUUACCCUCAUCUAUAGAUAACUUUAAUCAUGCAGCGUUAGGUUAUUAUUCUUCAGUGAUAUUUUAAGCGGAAGUCCCGUCUGUGAUAAUAGUGUAGCUCAACGUAACUCUUAAGUUUCAAGAGUAAACUGUGUCUUAUUUUG